AUGGACCCGGAACGUCGAAAGAUUGUUGAGAAGUCGAUGAAGAGGAAGCUCGAUGCGAGGUGUUCGCUGUUCGUGUUAAUCUACAUCAUGAACUACCUGGACCGCAACAACAUGGCUGCAGCUAGACUGAGAGGUCUGCAAGAGGACUUGAAGCUCAGCGACACACAAUACGCCACUUGCUUGAGUAUUCUCUAUGUCGGAUACAUCUUGAUGCAGGUCCCCUCGAACAUCAUUAUCAACCGUAUCUCCAAGCCAUCAUGGUACAUCGGACUUGCCAUGCUUCUAUGGGGUAUGGUCUCAACCCUCUCCGGAGUCGUCAACGGUUUCGGCGGCAUGGUCGCCAUCCGUUUCUGCCUUGGUUUCGUCGAAGCCGCUUUCCUCCCCGGUGCCCUGCUCAUCCUGUCAAAAUGGUACACCCGACGCGAAUUGACCACUAGAAACGCAAUCUUGUUCUGCGGUAACCUCAUCUCCAACGCUUUCUCCGCUCUGGUUGGUGCAGGUGUGCUUUCCAACAUGCAAGGUGUCCUUGGUCACGCAGCUUGGAGAUGGCUGUUCUGGAUCGAGGGAGCGGUUACCAUGGGCAUUGCCAUUACUGCCGCUAUCGUGCUUCCCGACUUGCCUCACAACUCGCGCGGUUUCACCGAGGAGGAGUUGCAGGUUGCCCAACUCCGCAUGAUCGAAGAUGUCGGUGAAGCAGAUGAAGACAGCAAAGAAGACGGUGUAUUCGAUGGUCUCUUCAUGGCCCUCAAAGACCUGAAAAUCUACGUCUUCAUGCUGACCUUUACCGCCUACGUCGUCGGUCUCUCUUUCAACGCUUUCUUCCCCUCUCUCACAAAGACGCUGGGUUUCGGCUACGUGCCUACUCUCCUCAUGAGCGCUCCCCCGUGGGCCUUCGCUUGUAUCGUCUCCCUGAUCAACGCAUGGCACGCCGACCGCACCCAAGAGAAAUUCUGGCACAUCGUUGGACCCAUCUGUAUCGGCCUUGUCGGUUUCAUCAUCAGUAUGGCCACCGAGCAAACCGCUGCCCGCUAUGUAGCCCUCUUCCUCCAAGCAUCCUCCUACGCCGGAUUCAUCGUCUUCUACUCCUGGAUCUCGUCUUCAUUCCCCCGCCCCCCUGCUAAACGCGCCGUAGCCAUCGCUCUGGUCAACGCCUUCUCACAACUCGGCAACGUCGCUGGAUCAUACGUAUGGGCGCUUACGGAAAACGGUUACCGCAAGAGUUACGGAAUCGUGCUAUCCAUGUUCGGCGUCACCAUCGUCGGCUGCAUCAUCAUGAAGAUGAUCCUCGUCAACCUGAACAAAAAGUUGGAAGCAGGAGAAGCAGCCGCUUGGGCCACCAGACCCGAUGUUCUCGAGCACACCGCCGAGAAGGAAUUCUUGGAAUCUCCUGAUGAGGCGCUGAGAAUGAGACAGGGAUUCAGGUAUUUGGUUUAA